UACCAAGAUUUCGUAUUAAAUUAUGAUGUAAACCUUAUUAAGUGUUAUUUCGAUUUUUCCAAAAUAAAACUCUAUAGCUUCAGUAAGUUUGUUUCCGUCAAGAUGGCUGAAGAAAUGCUGAGCAUUUCAUGUGAUGAAAAUAACACUAUUAAAGUCUUAAAAUGGAAAGUACGAGAAGGUUCUACUAUUUCUAUCGGUAAAGUGUUAUUUCUGUAUCUUAAUUUAAGGCAAAACAAUCACAUUCAACACAAAUUCAAGUCCCCAAAGGCUGGAAUACUAAAGCAAAUUGUCGCGUCGGAAGGCGCCAUCGUUGAUCCAGGGCAAUUACUCUAUUGGUUGAAAAUAUGCAAUCAUCCAACUAUUAUGAAUGAUAUGUGUGCUGAAUGUGGAGCAGAUCUUAGAAAUGAAGAAGGCGAAGCUGUAGCUUCAGUGCCUAUGAUACAUGCUAUACCCAAUCUAAAAGUCAGCGAAGAACAAGCUCAAGUAAUUGGAAGAGCAGACAGUGAUCGAUUACUGAGGGAUAGAAAGUUAGUUUUGUUAGUAGAUUUGGAUCAAACUUUGAUCCACACAACAAAUGAUAAUGUACCUGCUAACAUUAAAGAUGUUUAUCAUUUCCAAUUGUAUGGACCUCAAUCGCCUUGGUACCACACAAGGCUUAGACCUGGCACUCACCAAUUUUUGGAGAAUAUAUUUCCUCUUUUUGAGUUACAUAUUUGUACGUUUGGAACAAGAAAUUAUGCCCACAUGAUAGCAACAUUCCUGGAUCGUGAUCAAAAAUUUUUUUCCAAUCGAAUUUUGUCACGGGAUGAAUGUUUUGACCCUACCAGCAAAAAAGCAAAUUUAUCGGCACUUUUUCCUUGUGGAGACAAUUUGGUCUGCAUUAUAGAUGACAGAGAGGAUGUUUGGUCAAAUGCUGCAAACUUAAUUCAUGUAAAGCCUUAUCAUUUCUUUCGACAUACGGGUGAUAUUAACGCUCCACCUGGUCUAGAUAAGCAAGAAAAUGAUGAAACCUCAGGUGUAGAUUUAUCCAACAUCAAUUCAAAGAAUAAUGGUGAUAAACUCUCAAAUGGACAUGAUGACAAUAACUUUUUAACAGAUGAUCAGGAGAAAGUUGUUGAAAAAAAUGAAUCCAAUGAUAUAGAAAAAAAUAAUGAAACGGAAAACAUUAAUGAAACGGAAAACAUUAAUGAAACAGAAAACAUUAAGAAAGAAAGUGAUAAAGUUACUGAUGUUGUCAUUAACGGAGUGGCAGAAAAUUUGGGGGCUGAAGAUUUGAGUAAUGGAGUUAAAAAUGAUGAGGAAAAUAUGGAAGUGAAAGAAGAAGGAAGUGAAGAAACUGUUAAAAUUUCUAGUGAUACUUUGAAAAUGGUUGAAAACAUCGAAGAACAAUCGAAUGAGACAAAACAAGUUGAGAAAUCAGAUGAAAUGGAAGAGAACCAUGAGAAAAAAAUGGAAAAAACGGGAGAAAUUACAGAGGAAUCACAAGAAGAGACAAUAGUCAAGAACGAUGGAAUAGUAGAUUGUGAAACAAAAGAAAAUAAAGAAAUUGACAAUGAAGAUAAAGCCAAAGAAGAAUCGCCUGAAAAAAUAGAAAAUAACGGAUGCAGAAAAAUCAAUAAUUCUUCCGAUAAGGAUUUGUUACGUGUCGAAGACCCAGAUAGUUAUUUAUUGGAUCUUGAAUGCAUAUUGAAGGAAAUCCAUAAAAAGUUCUACGAACAGUACGAUGUAAUGGAAUCUGGCCAGGUUCCGGAUCUGAAAGAAGUGAUACCGUUGGUGAAGAGUCAGGUGUUGAAAGGAACGAAAAUAUAUUUCAGCGGCUUGGUUCCCACUCAUCAGAAGUUGGAGCAGUCGAAACCUUAUCUUAUAGCGAAAAGUUUGGGGGCUGAAGUCACCCAAGAUUUGGAGGACGAUUCGACGCACUUGGUCGCUAUCAGGCCAGGAACGGCUAAAGUGAAUACUGGAAAACGAAGAAAAAACCUUAAAAUCGUAACCCCAGACUGGCUCUGGUGUUGUGCUGAACGUUGGGAACAUGCCGACGAGAGGGUGUUUCCCCUGAACGGAAAGGGUUCCAAAAAUAGACACCCCCCACCUCAUUGCAGCAGUCCCACACAUGUACCGGAGUAUUUGAAACCUGGGACGCCCACCCUGCGUAAGAGAACGCCCAGCGGUCGUUUCAUGGACACAAUUCAUCCCCUGAUGUCUUUUUCUAGUGACGACAUUGCUGAUAUGGGAAAAGAGGAACGUUUACCCAGUGAGCCGAAGAAGAGCCCUUAUAAGCAAAUUAAUUUAUUUAAGGAGUAGUGAUGUGUAAAUAAUCUUAAUUUAAUGACCAUACUUUAAUUAGUUUGAAUUAUAGUGUACAUUCAUCUGGAUGGACGUCCAUAACGAAAGCACAAUGUUUGUAUCCAAAGAAGAUAUUUUUAUCGAUCUUCUUCUUGUAUAUAUGUAUUUUUGUUGGUUUUACCCAAAGUACAAUAUUGUUAAAUUCAUUUAAUUUUUCGAUAAAUCUUAGGGGGUUGUUUCUGCUAGUGGACGUUUUUUGAUUAGAAAUAGGUUUAGGAGAACUUGAACCGUACUAUAUUUUUUUUAUGAAUUGAUUUUUUACAUAAAUUCUUUGUUAUGGAUUAAUUGUUAUGAAGUUGAAAGUUUUUUCGGAAUUAAACACGCUAUAUUAAUAAAUUGCGAUAUAAUGUGAUUAUAAUUAUUCACAAAGUGAGAACAAGAAUGGAUAAUGUAUUUGAAAAUCAGAAUGCAAUUAUUAAAAUGAGUAUGUUUAUAGAGAACUGUGUAUCAAAAUAAAGGAGGAAUUUAAGCUUA